UACCCGCACCCCCGUUCCAGGAGAGAGCGCUGGAGCUGGAGAAGCCCCGCCUUCGACACACUCACGCUCUCACACGCGCGCGCGCAGCGCUCUCUGUGCCUAUUGUGAAGCUUUGUGCGGGGGCAGUUCUGCGUUCUCUCUUUCUCCCCCUCCCCUCCCUUUCUUUCUUCUCCCGCCUCGCGCUUUCUUCGCUCUUUCUCCUCCCGCCCCCUCUGGAAUUCUCACAAGCGCCUGUCCGCGAGCCGGGCUGCUGAAAGGAAGCGUUCGAACUUCACAUCCAAAGGGACCUGGGGGGAGGGUGCGUUCUGGCAAAAGCCCAGCAGACACCGACGAGGGAGGCGACUGGACGGCGGCAGCGAUUUGUAUGAAGAUGUGAAGGGACUGCGCUGAGAAUCGUUGCUUCUGGGAAGAGCGUGAGAGAGAGACGAUGAGAACCAUUCCUGACCAGAGACAAGAAACAGUACAAAUUGCAGGAUAUGUUUACUUGAUAACGUAUCAGAUCCAGUGCACACAUAGAAAGCUAUUUUGAGCACAAAAAUACAACACAUUUUAGAAGUUCUACUUGUAAUAAAAGAAAUAAAUUAGCAACAAAAGGUGUGCUGGUUUUGAUACUUCAAGAUGCCAUUGGUAAAAAGAAACAUAGACCCCAGAUAUCUUUGUCAUACAGCACUGCCACGUGGCAUCAAAAAUGAACUAGAAUGUGUUACCAAUAUCUCAUUGGCAAACAUUAUUAGACAACUAAGCAGUCUAAGUAAAUAUGCAGAAGAUAUAUUUGGUGAACUUUUCAAUGAGGCACAUAGUUUUUCCUUCAGAGUGAAUUCCUUACAAGAACGCGUGGACCGCUUGUCUGUCAGUGUUACACAACUUGAUCCAAAGGAAGAAGAACUUUCAUUACAGGAUAUAACAAUGAGGAAAGCUUUCAGAAGUUCCACAACUCAAGAUCAGCAGCUCUUUGACCGUAAGACUCUUCCAAUUCCAUUGCAAGAGACUUAUGAUACAUGUGAACAGCCUCCUCCACUCAACAUACUUACACCUUACAGAGAUGAUGGAAAAGAGGGCUUGAAGUUUUACACCAAUCCUUCGUAUUUCUUUGAUCUUUGGAAAGAAAAGAUGUUGCAAGACACAGAAGACAAAAGAAAAGAAAAAAGAAAGCAGAAGGUAUUACAAUUCUUGGUUCAGAAGAAUUUAGAUCGUCCUCAUGAACCGGAAAAAGUGCCGCGGGCUCCCCAUGACAGACGGAGAGAGUGGCAGAAGCUAGCCCAAGGUCCAGAACUUGCUGAAGAUGAUGCGAGCCUCUUACAUAAGCACAUUGAAGUUGCUAAUGGCCCUGCGUCACAUUUUGAGACAAGACCUCAGGCAUAUGUGGAACACAUGGAUGGACCUUAUUCCCUUUCUGCAUUGCCAUACAGCCAGAUGACAGAACUACUGAACAGGGCAGAGGAACGUGUAUUAGUAAGACCACACGAGCCACCCCCACCCCCACCUAUGCAUGGAGGUGGAGAUGUGAAACCCAUUCCACCAUGUGUCAGCUCCUCUUCAGGUUUGAUUGAAAAUCGCCCUCAGUCACCUGCUACGGGCAGAACACCAGUGUUUGUGAGUCCUACACCACCACCACCUCCUCCACCCCUUCCAUCUGCUUUGUCUACUUCUUCAUUAAGAUCUGCAAUGACUUCCACUCCUCCCCCUCCAGUGCCACCACCUCCACCUCCUCCAACAGCUGCUUUGCAAGCUCCAGCUGUACCGCCACCUCCAGCCCCUCUCCAGAUUGCUCCUGGAGUUCUUCACCCUGCUCCUCCUCCAAUUGCACCUCCUUUAGCACAGCCCUCUCCUCCAGUCACUAGAGCUGCCCAAGUGUGUGAAACCAUUCUAGUUCCACAAGGUGAAAUGCAAGGACUUCCUCCACCACCGCCACCACCUCCACUACCGCCUCCUGGCAUUCGACCCUCAUCACCAGUCACAGCUCUCUCUCACCCUCCCACAACCAUUGUCCCUGGCCCUCAUGUCCCAAUAAUGCCUCCAUCCCCACCGUCCCAAGUCACUUCUGCUUCUGAGCCCAAACGCCACCCAUCAACACUACCUGUCAUCAGUGAUGCCAGAAGUGUCCUCCUGGAAGCAAUACGAAAAGGUAUUCAGUUACGAAAAGUUGAAGAGCAACGUGAACAAGAAGCUAAACACGAGCGUGUUGAGAAUGAUGUUGCCACUAUAUUGUCUCGUCGUAUUGCUGUGGAAUAUAGUGAUUCUGAAGAUGACUCUGAGUUUGAUGAAGUUGAUUGGUUGGAGUAGACAAGAUAUAUGCUACAAAACUGAAUGCUGAUGUCCAUUGUGGUGCUUGUUCUUUGAAAAUGUUUGGUCAUUUCUAGUGUUUUUGUAUUUUCUUUAUAUAAUCCAUGUUUUUCUACUUUUCAGUUCACAAGAACGUUAGCACAUCUUUGAAACUAAAUGUUUUACAGUGAUACGGCUCUUUGAAAGAGCAUAAUUUGUUCCAGUAGACCACUAAGUAUUAAGCAUGGGCAGCUGUUGGUUGGUAGAAUAGCAGAUUAAAUUUUUUGGCAUAUCUUUUACUGUGCACUUUGUGAAUUUUAAGUUAUGAAGGCGAUUAAGACUGAAGUUUCAAGGGCAGCUGUGUGUACUAAUGAGCCUUACUACACUGUUAAUGGUUAAUAAACAGGGAAAGAGGGUAUGAUCCAUCAAGCUCUGCAAUUUCCAUGGAACCCAAACAGGAGAAAAACUUGGUGGAUUGCACCCCAGCUAUCUGAGUAAAAUCUGUACCUUGCAAGGUACAUAUAGUUCUAGCAGUACUUGACCCACUGAAAGAAAAAGGAAAUGGUGGUCUUUGGGGAGUUUUAUUGUUGUUUUUAUUAAAUAAUUAUGGCCUUAUUUGAAUGUUUUAAGAUUUUCCUCCCUUCUUCCCUGAUACCUAUUGUGUGAUAACUAUUUUGCCUGCUUAAAAGUUUGGUUUCCAUUUACCCAUCCUGUGUAACUUAUGUUAACUGUUACAAAUAACAGUUUGAUUUAAAUAAAUGAUUUGUUUUAAAUGUU